AAAUGUAAUUCUCACAGUUUUAAGAUUUAACGUUUCUACUUUCAGUUUGCCAUUCACAGUUGAACGCUGGUGAAUUUGACAUAUUUAAGAACAAAAAUGCCGAUCACUGUUGAUUAUUUGAAAGAAAAGUUAAAAAAUGACAUUGGAGCAACACAUCUGGAUAUAGAAGAUACAUCAGACGGUUGUGGUGCCAAAUUCCAGGCUGUUAUUGUUUCUCCACAGUUUGAAGGAAAACCACUUCUUCAAAGACAUAGACUUGUAAAUGCCGCUUUAGAAGCUGAAAUGAAAGAGAUUCACGCAUUCCAGAUGAAAACAUUGACACCAGAACAAUGGGAGAAACAGAAGUCUUGAUGAAACUUGUCACCAUAGAAACAAACUAAUUAGCAAGCUAGAUUUUGGUACAUUGACUAUGAUUGAGUAAACACUGUGGAAAAGUUACAUUGUUGGAAAAUUUUGGAUGAACUUAACCAACUACAGUCUAAAUAAUAAGAAACAAAAAUACUAUGAAGGUAAUGCAGAAGGAAUGCUAUUUCAAGAAUUUAUGUUUACGAUUUUAUAGGAGUUUUCAAAGUGAAUUUCAUUUGGCGAAAGAGGGAAUGUGAAUUUUACCAUUACACUUGAUUGAAUAUGAAAUUUAGUUAAAUAAAAUAGACAUUUGAAGAG